GAAAAAAUUCAGAGAGAAGAGAUUUCUUUUUUCCAAGUCUCAAUCACACCCAUUGACAUAAAAGAAAUAGAGAAUGACAUCAGCACGUUGGUGGCGUAAGAUAUUCCUUUACUCUUCUCCUUUGAUUUAUAACUAAUUGGACAUCCAUAACCAAACAAAAGUGACUCUGCACAGCACACCAGGACACCUGAGAAACAUCCAUUUUGUGCAUCUGAAAGUGGGUGGGUUGGACCUCGAAGGAGACUGUGGAGCCGAGGGUGUCACGGCUGCUAUAGAGGCAAAGGUGGCAGUGGUGGCCUCUCUAGCCAAGGAGGUGGAAAGGUGUUUAGUGAAAAUCUGUCUGGCUCCCCCGGGUGCAGCUGGAGAGACCUGUUGCUCUCCAGCAGCACCUGUAUCUGUGAAGAGACCUCAGUGACCGGGAGGAGGGAAAGGAAAGGGAAGAAGGCAGACAAAGAGAAUAACGGAUCACAUUUCCUGCUGUCCACCCCAUGAUUUCAGCAAGAGGACAACCCACAGUCCCCUGGGACUCCCUACGGGCUCUAGACACAGCCAAAGCCCCAGUGCUAUGCAUAUAUCUCUCCCACGCUGCCACCACCUUCUUUUCAUGCCAUAUUUUUUAGGGUCACUCCCAACUUUAGUUGCAAGUCAGCUCCACUAAAAGAAACCAAAAAUUUGUGCUAAGAGCCAGCUUCUGGAAAACAAAAGAAAGAUUUCUAAUUGUCGAUCUGUUGAACUGUUGAAUCAAGGUAAACAAAGCCUUCCCUAAAUAAGAAAGGUGUUUGCCAUUUCAAAUGAGAUGGUAAAGGUGCAUUUUAACAUUAUCACACACUAGGAAAUUGCCCAGUAAUACGGCAUCACAAGAAGAAAACAAUUCUUCAGCAAAGCAAUCGAAAGACACAGAAUGCUGCAAUCUAACUGAUAAAGAAUUCAGAUGGCUGUUUUGAAGAAAUUCAACGAGGUACAAGAUAACUCAGAAAGGCAAUUUAAUGAACUUAAGAAUAAAAUUAACUCUAUGGAAGCUGUUUCCCCAGCAGGAUGCAAACUUUGAUGUCUCCACUCAUUAAAAGAAAUUAAAAGUUGCAGUUUUAUAUUUACAUAUGGGCCUGCAUAGCAGCAUAGCUUAGUGGUCAGUCAAUAAUAGGUCAGAGUCUGUGCUUAAAUAAUUUAAGCUAGUAAGUUUUCCACCUUUUCACCCUUAUAAGACUGGAAAUGAAUUAGAAAGUUCACCAACCAUAAGAUUCAGUUUACUUGCCUUAAUUUAUUCACUUUAGUUGGAAUCUCAUAAUUUUUCUCUUCUAUUAACAUACUUUGUCUUCUAGAAAUGGCUUAUUUUUUAACAUUUAGAAAUCGUGGAAAAAGGCAGUCUGAGUAAUUAUAAGGUCAAGUGUCUGUCACAUUAAACUCUUAUUUUCUUAGCAGUAAUGAUUUCUUCGGUAAAAAGGGAUUGAAGCCUUCCUUGGAUUAAGUUUUUAUUUAAUGAAAGGUGACAAUAGGAAAGAUGAAACUAUGAACUCCAAAGCUACUAAGAGUUGUUCUAAGUGAGAAAUACAAUGUGGCCUUGCCUGGUGCAGUGGCUACGGGACAGGAGUGAGGGGAAGUGUGUUAGGAAGAGCUUGAGUUAUGUUCCAAACCAGAUAGUGUGUAGUGGUUGGUGGAGUCUAACAGAUAAGAAACUGGUCUAUAACCCUAUUGUCUAUGUUACUGCGUCCUAUAUUUGUUUCUUAGCUCAUCACCCUGUAAGAAAAAGUGAGGUACCAAACCCCACAGAGAACUAAUGAAUAUUUGGCUUGGGUUGGAGAAGAGAUUAAAGUGGGUUGUAGGAAGUUUUGUCCUGUUAGUGCUACCUCCUCACCCAGGUGCUGUCCAUGUGCUUGUCCCACGAGGUAUCAUUGGACACUGGAAACAUCACUUGACCAUGGAGCAAAAUGAAAGAUUUGACAGAAUUUUCCAAAGGAAGAUGAAAGAUUUUCCCUUGAAGUUCAUCUAGGAUAUAAACGAGGAGUAGAAUCAAUGUGAAAGAAUCAUAUAAAAAAAUCUGCUAACCAGGGAGCAUAUUUUAAUACACAUAUUAAUUUGUGCUGUUCAUACAAAUGUUAAUUAUACAAUUUUAUUACAAAACAAAGUGACUAAACUGUGCUUAGAUUAGUUGUCAUGAGUUUGAUGAACACAUUGAAAUUUUGAAAAUUAAAAUGAUUUGAGAGAUAGUUUGCAUUUGUAACCUAUAUGAUAAAGGGAUAGACAAAAAGCAUGCAACAUGAAUUGUAAAUGUAUGGAGAGAGUUUUCUGUAGUGUGUAUACUUUCUUUAUAUGCAAUUAAAUUUAGGAUCAAUCAAACAUUAAAAAUCCUUUUAUUUUAUUUAAACCUUAAGUCUUUGGUUUAAAAUCAUUGUGAAUGUCAAAAUAGAGAAGUCUCAUGUAAACACAAUGCAUCUAUUAAUAAUUUACCAGAUCACAAAGUCUGAAGGGCAAUCAAAGGUUCAAAAAUGGAGUAAUUAUUUAAUGGUUCAAUUAUUUAACUAUUUGUUUGAAAAUAGUUUCGGUUGUGUAACCGAAAGUGGGGUCUGGCUGCUCGCCGCUCAAAAGCCAAUAAAGAGGCAAGGUUGGUGGAAAGGAAAUUUCCGAGGCCUGCAACCGGGGUGGGGGGAAUGUCUGUGCCAGGCCAACUGCCCCCCACUGACAAUCGGGGGCAAGACCUUUCUUUUAUAGACGGCGCGAGGUGGCUACAUGCAGAAACAGCACAGUCAGCUCUGACGUCAUCUUGAAAUCGGUCAUCGGUGGUCUGACCAGUGUCAUCUUGAUUGUUUUAAGUACAGUUAAUCUUCAGUUCCAAGAACACUAACCCUGAGAGAACAAAAAUAUUCUUCGGAGAAAACUUGAAGUUAACUCUUAUCAUGUCCUUGAAGUAAAAACACAGCCCACUUUGCCUGGGACUUCAGCCUUGGGUUAAUUAGAACUUCAAGCCAAGGGAGGAAAAAAGAUUGAGCUAGCUGUUUACACCCUGGAACACUACUCAUUGGCCAAGACAAACUCUGCAGGGAAUAUUUCUUUCUCAACCACAAGUGGAUCGCUAUCAUCCUUAAAGUGAUAUCAGGAGUGGAUUUUGCUUCCUCAGUUUAUCUGUAACAGUGAAUAAUUAUGGACAACACAGACACAUAUUUAUUGAACUUUAAAGGCUGUUAUUUUCAACGUUCUUUAGUUGAUGUUGACCUUGUAGAACAUUUAGAUGAUUUUGAAAUUAGAGAUGAUGAUGUGUUUAUAAUUACAUAUCCAAAAUCUGGUACAAUCUGGACUCAGCAGAUAUUAAGCUUGAUUUAUUUUGAAGGACAUCGUAACAGAAGUGAACUGGUGAACACAUGUGAUAGAGUCCCCUUCCUGGAAUACAGUGCACAAAAAGUGGACCAUGUCAACAGACCAUCCCCUCGUCUCUUCACUUCCCACCUCCCAUAUUAUUUAGCACCGAAAGGUCUCAAGAACCGAAAAGCUAAAAUUGUUUACAUCUAUAGAAACCCCAAGGAUGUUUUGACUUCAUAUUUUCAUUUUUCAAAUUGGUUAGUUACAUUUGAACCUUCCGAUAACAUAGAACAUUUCAUGAAAAGGUUUCUAGAUGGAAAAGUGAUGGGAAGCCUUUGGUUUGAUCACAUCAGAGGCUGGUAUGAACACAGACAUGACUUCAAUAUUUUGUUCAUGAUGUAUGAGGAGAUGAAGAAGGAUCUCAGAAGUUCUGUGCUUAAAAUCAGCAGUUUUCUUGAAAAAGAACUGAGUGAAGAGGAUUUGGAUGUUGUUGUGAACCAGGCUACAUUUCAGAACAUGAAACUUGAUCCACAAGCGAAUUACGAUCAUAUUCUAGAAGCUGAAAACUGGACAAGAACAAAAGAAGGAGAUUUCCUGCGCAAAGGUACCAUCGGAGACUGGAAACAUCACUUGACUGUGGAGCAAAAUGAAAGAUUUGACAGAAUAUUCCAAAUGAAGAUGAAAGAUUUUCCCUUGAAGUUCAUCUGGGAUAUAAAUGAGGAGUAGAAUCAGUGUAAAACAAUCACAUAAAAAAUCUACUAGCCAGAAAGCAUAUUUUAAAUAUACAUACUAAUUUGUGCUGCUCACAUAAACGUUAAUUAUACGACUUUAUUAAUAAGCAAAAUGAGUAAGCUGUACUUACAUUAGUUGCCAUGAGUUUGAUGGACAUUUUGAACAUUUUAAAUUAAAAUGAUUUGAGUAAUAUUCGGCAUUGGUAGCCAAUAUGACAAAAGGAAAAAUAGCAUGCACAAUGAAUUCUGCAUGUCUUUUGAUUUGAGAUUGAGAUUUCUCAAAUGAUUGAGAUUUCUGUUGAGUGUAUUUUUUUCGUUAUCUAUAAUUACAUUUAGAAUUAAUCAACAUUAAAAGUCCUUUAUUUCUUCUAAUUAAACAUUAAUUCUUUGGUUUAAAAUCAGUAUGAGUGUUGAAAUAAAGAAAACACAUGUAAACACAUGCAUCUGUGAAUAAUUUAUGAGAUCACAAAAUCUGCACUAAAGGGCUUCCCUGGUGGCGCAGUGGUUGAGAAUCUGCCUGCCAAUGCAGGGGACGCAGGUUCGAGCCCUGGUCUGGGAAGAUCCUACAUGCCGCGGAGCAACUGGGCCCAUGAGACACAAUUGCUGAGCCUGCACGUCUGGAGCCUGUGCUCCGCAACAACAGAGGCCGCGAUAGUGAGAGGACUGCGCACCGUGAUGAAGAGUGGCCCCCGCUUGCCACAACUAGAGAAAGCCCACGCACAGAAACGAAGAUCCAACACAGCCAUAAAUAAAUAAAUAAA